AUGGAACUAGACAGAGUCUCCAAGCACCUAAAUAAAAAGAAAGUGGUAGCAGGCAAUAAAUGGUCUCCAUCAUCAUCAGUAGUAGAAGAACAAGAAGUUGAGAAUGUUUCUCCGAAACAUCUUCCUCAAUCUUCCUCCUAA